AUGGCUCGGCUGUCGACAAUGUUACCAGCGACAAACGUAUGCAAAAGCAGGAAAAUCGACCGAGAAGCUGGGAAAACGAAGCGAAAGCGGAAGGCGUAUGCGGCCAAAGAACAUUUCUUACAGGCGCAUAAAGAGAUAGGGUAUAAGGUUUGCAUCGAAGCCAUUCGGAAAGAUUGA